AUGAGACCAUCAACGCCAUCCUCCAAGUCCAUCAUCUUGACUCGCAGUUCUAUGCGCUGGGUGCCAGAGCCACCUUUUGAAAACACCGAUACUCUUGCUUUAUUCGUCGGUGAAUGGUACGUCGAUCUGCGGGUCGAUCAGCAAUCCGGAGGCAUUGAUUGGGCGCUAGCAGGGGAGUGUCGACUAGCGGAUAUCAAUCCAUGCCGUGUCAUCUUCACCCAUGUCAUUGAUUCCCUACUGAAUUUCAAUGUGAGCGAACCUUGCCCAUUUGUGGCCCUUUCCAACGGGGAUGUCAUGGAGACAGGAACAAUGCCUCGUCCGGACAGACCUGGUGCACCGAUGACCAGCUAUGAGGAGGUUUGGAGAUAUCAUCCCUGCGAGAUGUGCCGGAAUAUUUCGGAGGUAAUACCUCGUGGGUCUUGGAGUCCGUCGACCAUAGCCCAGGCGAAGGGCAACAUCUCGUUACCAAAGAAUUUUUGGCAAAGGUUGGAAGAUUCUAUCUAG